AUGGGAUUGCUUUCACGCCUCAAAGGCCGCACGCCGACGGCUUUGGCGCCCACACUGGAACAUCGCACGGCCGACGAGAAGGCACUUGUUCGACGACUCGAUACUUUCCUUAUGGUAUUUGGCUGUGUAUCGCAAGUCAUCAAGUAUCUGGAUCAGCAGAACAUCAACAAUGCCUACGUCUCUGGCAUGAAGGAAGACCUGCAUCUCUACGGCAAGGAGCUCAACUACUUCACGACGUACUUCAAUGUCGCAUACUGCAUAAUGCUCAUCCCGUCGCAAGUCAUUCUCACAUAUGUCCGUCCAUCGUUCUGGCUGAGUGGUCUGGAGGUCACUUGGGGAGUCAUCACUGGUCUUAUGGCACUCGCCCAAAACGCGAAAACGGUCUACGUUCUGCGAGUCUUUCUCGGUCUUUGCGAAAGCUCAGCAUGGCCUGGAAUGAUGACAUUGUUCAUGCACUGGUAUACUCCCAUGGAACUGGCUAAGCGAAUGGGCUUCUACCAUUCGUGUCAAGCCGUUGGCUAUAUGCUGUCUGGCGCCCUUCAAGCGGCAAUCAUGCGGACCAUGAAUGGCCACCAUGGUCUGAAGGGGUGGCGGUGGUUAUUCGUAAUCAACGCAAUCAUUACCGUGGUUUGGGGCUGCCUAGGCUUCGUCAUGCUCCCAGACUAUCCAAACAAUCCAAACCCACGCGCUUUUUGGUUCCGAAAAGUCGACGGCGAGCUCGCCAUGGAGCGUCUUGCACGUCACAACCGCGCGGAGCCGCGGAAAGUGACCUGGGCAGGUGCGAAGCGUACCUUCAGCGGCUGGGUCGUUUACUUCAUCGCCGUUCUCUACAUCAGCACUGUGCUUGCCAGCUAUGGUUACAAUUACUUCGGGCUUUUCCUCAAGUCCUUGAAGAACGCCGACGGAACACCAGUCUGGACUGUCGAGGACGUCAACGUCAUUCCUAUCGGAGGCGGAAGUAUCAACGUCGUCUUCGUGUGGAUCUGGGCUCUGCUAUCCGACUUUCUGCGAACACGGUGGACACUUAUCGUGGCGCAAGCGCUCAUUGGCCUCAUCCCCUCUAUCGCUAUGUCGAUCUGGACAUCGCACCCACAGUCCAUCGGUCUCUCGACAGCAUACGCCAGCUACUUCAUCAAUUAUCUCUGCUUAGGGACAGCACCACUGAUCUUCUCCUGGCUGAGUGAUCUCAUACCACAAGAUCCAGAGGCGCGAAGUUUGAUCGUUGGUUGCGCCGUUGCCGGGUACUACGCCGUGAGCGCCUGGAGUCAGGUUUUGGUCUGGCCGGCCAACCAGGCGCCAUACUACGACUACGGCUGGCAAACCUGCAUUGCACUGUGGGUGUUGAUUAUUGGCAUGACCUGUGCGCUGAGGUUCAUUGAUGUGCGGUAUCUGAUGCCAAAGAGGCAGAAAUUCGCCGAGCAGCUGCAUGGGGAGGCGGUGGAAAGGGUCAAGACCGCCGAUCUUGUGGGCGAUCUGGAAGGUGAGGGCAGCGAUGCGUUGGCGGCAGCAAAGGCACGGGCUCUGCAGAAGGAGACUGAGCAGAAUGUCAAGCGCGUUGAGACUAGGGCAGCGGCAUGA